GAAAUGGACUUCGUUUAUGUUAUGGAAAAUCCAUUGCCACCCUCGCCUCCGCCAUCGGCUGACAUUUCGCGCUGCGAGCAGAACGCGCGACUGCACUCGAUAGAUCCAUUUGAAAUAUUGCAUGAGGUCUGUUCUUCAGCAGUCGCGCACACACACACACACACCCAUACCAAUACCCAGGCACAGCCACACACACAGGCACUAGCGCAGACACCAGCACAGGCACAUGCACAGGCACACGCGCAUGCACAUGCAAACACACACACCCACACACAUACACAAGCGAACAGCAAGACGAAUACAUACGAGGCGGCGGAGUCCAGUGGCGCUGUCAGUGUGGUCGCCCAUCCCCGUUAUGAGACACGGCGCGUGGCAAUGCAGCGCAAGCUACGCGACGCGGAAAAGCAAACUGCUACAGCUGCUGCAGAGCAACAACAACAGCAGCGCCAGCAUAUGGAGCAGAAUGUGCUCGAGUUAACCCCGCCGGCCACGCCCCCAACACCAAUGCCGCCCAAUUCGCCCACCAGCAGCGUUGCAAGCAGCGUGGACUUGAAGCUGCGCACGCGUCGCGAACUCGAGCGCAAUCGCGAAUUCGUCUGCUCUCUGCUGGUCGCCUAUGAGCGCAGCGAGAAGCUCUGGAAUCCCAAGCAUCCCGACUACAAAUACAAUGCCAAGCGCAGCGUCUACAAUGAAUUGGCCGCGCCCCUACAGGCCGUCUUUCAGAUACCGCUAACCGGCGCCGAGGUCUUCGCCGUGCUGAAGGAGCUGCGCGGUCGCUACCGGCGCGAGCUGAGCAAACUGAACUCGUUGGGCGACAAGUACAAGUCGCGUCUGUGGUACUUCGAGAAGAUGCACUUCUUGCGAGGCGUCAUUGAAGCUAAGAGAGCCGAGCGAGAGGCAAAGAACGAAUCAGCUGAGAGUGAAAAGUCCUGUGAAACGGACAGCGAAUCGACCACAAAGUCAGCGCAAUACCGAGAGGUGCUAAGCUGUUUGAUCGAUGGCUUCAGGCGCCAGGAGUGUCUAUGGAAUCCGCAGCACUUUGACUAUAACAGCUGCAGCAAGAAGGAGCUAUACCGGCAGAUCUCAGCGGAGCUCUUGGAGGAGCUCAACUACGAGAUGAGCGGCGAGGACUGCUACAAGGAGUUGCAGAAGCUGCGCACGCGCUAUCGCAAGGAGCUGCGCAUGGUGAUCAAGCAUAAGGGUCUCUAUCUGCCCAAGCUGUGGUGCUACGAUGAGCUGGAGUUUCUACAGAAGAUUCUUCAGGAGCAGAUCUUCAAUAAGAUCAGCAAGAAAAAGGGAGUUGUGGAAUCGUAUCGUCGAACCAAGUUCAUUGAUGCCAGCAGCAUUAGCUUCGAGCUGCAGGAGGAUCAGCUGCAGUUUGUGGAAAUCUAUCGCAACUAUCCCGCCCUUUGGGAUGUCGAUCAUCCCGAUUUUCGUUCAAAUGCCUAUCGCACUCACGCCCUGGGCCAGAUGCUGGAGGAGCUCAAUACGACAUUUCAAAGGACCUACACCACAGCCGAGCUGGAGAAGACUUUGUUUGAGUUGCGCAAGGACUUCUCGGCGCAGAAACGCAAGAUCCUAACAAAUGCCUCGGACUGCAGCAGCAUUUCCUUGCUACAUGCGAAACUUGGCCAGUUUCUCGAACCGAAUCUGGGUCCCUUUCGCUGUGACGUGUGCAGCGAGCUGGUGAAGACCUGCGAUCAGUACAAAGUACAUCGGGCGGCGCAUGACGGCACACAGCCCUUCAUUUGCACGCUCUGCGGCAAGGGCUUCCAAAUGCCCUGCAAUCUGACGGUGCACAUUCGGCGCCAUAGACGGGACUUCCCCUACGCCUGCGAGCAGUGCGACAAGCGCUUCGCCACAUCCACUGAGGUGGCCAUCCACAUGCGCACGCACACGGGCGAACGGCCCUACAUCUGUGACCUGUGCGGCAAGUCGUUUAAGACGUGGUCGUUCUUCGAUAUACACCGGCGCACGCAUCUGAAUCAGUCGUCGUUCCAUUGUCCCAUCUGCGACAAGGGCUUCUAUGAGAAGAAUCGCUUCACCGAUCACAUGAAUGCCCAUCUGAAUAUACGCAAGCAUUUGUGCACCGUCUGCGGCAAGACCUUCACCACAUACGGCAACCUCAAGAAGCACACCGAACUCCAUCUGGCCGUGAAGAAGUACAAGUGUGGAGCUUGUGGCAAGCGCUUUGCACAGUUCGCCAGUUUGCGUUGGCACAGAAAACGUGAGCACACUUCAGAGCAGCAGCAGCAACAGGAGGAGGAGCAGCAGCUGGAGCAGGAGGUGGCGGUGGAGGUCGAGGAGCAGUCACAACAAUACUCUCCCACAGCCAACGUCUAAUCAAUUUGCCAGCUAUUUACAAAGCCAUUACAGGCAGUCGAUUCAAUUUGGCAUGUACUCAGAGAUACUCACUACUCAGUAGAGAACGCGUGUACUUAACACAUCUUCUAAAUACCACCAAGUGAUCUGCCUAGCCUAUAAACUAACGU